AUGUCCAGCAUUCCCAAAAUCGUCCUGUUCGGCGGCACGGGGUUCGUGGGAGGUCAAGUGUUGUACACUUUGCUGACUGGCGAUUUUUCGCUAGGCGAAGCCGAAAUCGUCGUCAUCACCUCUUCCGAGUCGAAGCAUCGGCUGAUCGACAGCUGGGCGUCCAAAUUGGGAUGCAAAUUGCAAGGACGUUCUUUGAGCGUAAUUGUGGCGCAACGAGGAGGAGGAGGAGGAGGAGCUGGAAGAGGAGGGGAUGGGAAUGCGUGGUACGAAGCUUCGGAAAAGAUUAGUUCGGAUGCGGACCUCGUCCUUCAGGCUGCCACGUCGGACGAUUUGAAGCUGACAAAGGCUAUCAACAAGGGUCUGAUCAGUGCUCAGAAGAGCGGAAAGAGGGGCGCACUGAUUCAUUUGAGCGGCACUCAACUCAUAGAGACCUUGGCCGGCGGCAAUGCGGAGCCGAAAGCUAGGCAGUACGAUGAUUCUGAUAGAGAUGCCAUCGUUGACAUUUCGGACGAAGCUGCGCACCGGCUGAUCGAUCUAGAGUGAGUCACGCUCACCAGUGUCCCAUGUGUGACUUGAAGGUCGACGCAUUCACUCGGCCUGACUCGCAGCGUCCCCUUGCCCCACAGGAUUGGGCACGCGAUUGCGCGCGGAGAGCUGCCUGGCGCCAUCGUUUGCCCUACGCUGGUCUGGGGUCAAGGACAAGGGCCGGAUCUGCGCAUAUCGACGCAAAUUCCAGAUUUGGUAAAGAAAGCUCUGUACAACGGCCAUGCGGUGCACGUCGGUGCAGGUACCAACAGCUGGACCUCGGUCCACGUAAGCGAAGUGUCCUCUCUCAUCCUGCUCCUUUCCGCUUCUCUGCUCUCCUCCUCCUCCUCCUCUGGCAAAGCGUCGAAGCAGAAAGCGGCAGGUGGCGAACAGCUGUUCGAGUCUUUUUACUUUGCCUCGACGCCCAAGCUGCACCUGUUCAAGGACCUCGCUUCCGUCAUUGGCAAGACGCUCCACGCUCAAGGUCUCAUCUCCUCCUCCCAACCCAAAUCCCUUCCCUGCCCACCUCACAAUCCAAACGAGAAGGGCGUGCGCAUCGAAGACGCUGCUAGAUCCGAAGCAGACGAAGAGCAAGACAAGCGCACACCAAUCUGGCCUACUCGUACCAAUGUCGACUGCAUCGCCAGUCGUGCCGAAAGAGAAGUGAGCUGGAAACCUACCAAGCAUCUCGAUGAGGAAGGCCUCGCAGCAGAUGUCAAAUUCUACGUGGAGCAGUGGCGUGCUGAUGGCACCCUCAAACAGCUGCAGCGAGCCUGA